GCAGGAAAUAAACAACGCCCUCUUGCGGCUGACUUGAAAAUGUGGGGAAAACAAAAUGGCGGAAGACCAGGAAUUAAUACAGCUUGAAGAGCUAUGCAAGCAGCUGUAUGAGACUGCGGAUGGCAAUAUUCGGUCUGAAGCAGAGAAGGCGCUGGUUGCGUUUGCCAACUCCCCAGAUUGUCUCAACAAAUGUCAGCUUCUGCUGGAAAGAGGAAAUUCUGCCUAUGCACAACUGCUUGCAGCAACAACAUUGACAAAACUGGUGACCAGACCCAACCUCACACUACCGUUAGAACAGCGUGUUGACAUACGAAACUACAUAUUGAACUACCUUGCUACACGGCCGAAACUUGUUCAUUAUGUGUCACAAGCGCUUGUUCAGCUAUUUGCUCGAAUCACCAAACUUGGGUGGUUUGACAUCAACAAGGAUGACUAUGUCUUCAGAGAUGUGGUCACUGAUGUUGGCAAAUUCAUACAGAGUGGGUCCACCCAACAUGUGAUGAUUGGCGCGCAGCUACUGUCUCAGCUGGUGUGUGAAAUGAACCAGGUCAGUGAGUCUGAGGCCAGCAGAUCUCUAACAAAACGGAAGAUCGCAUCUUCAUUCCGAGACACCCAGCUGUUUGAGAUCUUCCAGCUGGCCUGUUCACUUCUUCGAUCUGCAGCUGGAAAUCUGAAGAAUCUGGACUUCAAUGAUGACAACCAGCGUGGCCUGUUAUCUCAUGCACUUCGUCUGGCACACAACUGCUUGACGUUUGACUUCAUCGGUACGUCAACAGACGAGUCAUCGGACGACCUGUGCACUGUACAGAUUCCAACCAGCUGGAGAACAGCCUUCCUUGACUUCAGCACACUUCAGCUCUUCUUUGACUUGUACUCCGGUCUACCGACAUCCCUGUCACCAAUGGCCCUGUCUUGCCUUGUGCAGAUUGCCUCUGUGAGGAGGUCCUUGUUCAACAACACAGAGAGAGCCAAGUUUCUCAACAGCCUUGUCCGAGGAGUCAGGGGAAUUCUAGAUAAUCCACAGGGUUUGUCAGACCCCAGCAAUUACCACGAGUUCUGUCGUCUCCUUGCCCGUCUGAAAUCCAACUACCAGCUGGGUGAACUAGUCAAAGUUGAUAACUACUCUGAAAUCAUCAAACUUGUAGCGGAAUUCACUGUGACCAGUUUGCAGAUGUGGCAGUUUGCCCCGAACAGUGUCCACUACCUGCUGAGUCUGUGGCAGAGGAUGGUAGCCUCAGUCCCCUAUGUCAAGGCUUCCGAGCCCCACCUGCUGGAGACGUACACACCGGAGGUCACCAAGGCAUACAUCAGUUCACGCCUCGAGUCUGUACAUGUCGUCAUAAGAGAGGGUUUAGAAGAUCCGCUGGAUGACCAUGGGAUGAUUAGUCAGCAGCUAGAACAAUUGUCGACGAUAGGUCGGUGCGAGUAUGAGAAGACGUGUGCGUUGCUGGUUCAGAUGUUUGAUGACUCAGCACAGAGAUACCAGGACCUGGUAGCUGCCGGGAACACUGGCAUGGAGUUAGCCGUGCAAGAGGGCCGCUUGACAUGGCUGGUGUAUAUAAUUGGCUCUGUGAUAGGGGGGCGGGUAUCGUUUGCAAGUACAGAUGAACAUGAUGCGAUGGAUGGAGAGCUUGUGUGUAGGGUGCUUCAACUGAUGAACCUGACAGACUCCAGGUUAACCCAGGGGGGCUGUGAGAAGUUGGACAUAGCAAUACUUAGUUUCUUUGAACAAUUCAGGAAAAUAUAUGUGGGAGACCAGGUCCAGAAAACAUCAAAGGUGUAUCGACGAUUGUCGGAAGUUCUCGGUCUUAGUGAUGAACCAAUGGUGCUUAGUGUAUUUAUCGGCAAAAUAAUAACUAAUUUGAAGUAUUGGGGUCGAAGUGAGCAGAUCAUCUCCAAGACACUGACACUGCUGAGUGACCUGUCCGUGGGCUACAGCAGCGUGAGGAAGCUGGUGAAGCUGGAGGCGGUGCAGUUCAUGCUGAAUAACCACACGGUGGCACUUCCGUUUCUGGGCAUCACAGCAGGAAGUAGUCCAGUGGCAGACAUGCGGUGCCGGACGACAUUCUACACAGCCCUGGGACGUCUGCUGCUGGUGGACUUGGGAGAAGAUGAGGAGAAGUUUGACCAGUUCAUGAUGCCUCUUACAGCUGCUUUUGAUGCAGUUGGGAAUCUGCUAUCUAAUGGUACUUCAGCAAUGGAUGUGGAAGGUGCAAAGAGGUCUUUAAUAGGUCUGGCAAGGGAUUUGAGAGGGAUAGCGUUUGCGUUCAACACAAAGACAAGCUACAUGAUGUUGUUUGACUGGAUCUAUCCAACGUACACUCCAGUUUUGCAGCGAGCAGUUGAACUGUGGUUCCAUGACCCUACGGUCACAACACCUGUGCUGAAACUAAUGGCCGAACUAGCUCAAAACAGAUCUCAGAGGCUUCAGUUUGAUGUGUCGUCACCCAAUGGUAUUCUGCUCGUCAGGGAAGUCAGUAAAAUGAUAGUUACUUAUGGGUCAAGAAUACUCACAAUAGGAGAAAUAGCCAAAGAUCAAAUCUACCCAUUAAAGUUGAAAGGUAUCUCCAUCUGUUUCUCAAUGCUGAAGGCAGCACUCUGCGGGAACUAUGUCAAUUUUGGUGUCUUCCGUCUCUAUGGAGAUGACGCCCUUGACAACGCCUUAGGCAUGUUUGUCAAGUUGCUGUUGUCAAUAUCACAGAAUGAUUUGCUUGACUUCCCCAAGUUGAGCCAGAAUUAUUAUGGUCUUCUAGAAUGUCUUGCCCAGGAUCAUAUGUCAUUCAUUAGCAACUUAGAACCUCAAGUCUUUCUCUACAUUCUGUCCACAAUUUCAGAGGGCCUCACUGCACUUGAUACAAUGGUGUGCACUGGCUGCUGUGCAACACUCGACAACAUCAUCACGUAUCUGUUUCGUCGUCUCACCGUCAAGAAGAAGAAGACCAGAGCUGGCAGCGUUCCUGAUAGCGAGUCAUUCCUCCGAAUACUUGAGCUUCAUCCAGAAAUAUUACAACAGAUGCUGUCUACAGUGUUAAACAUCAUCAUGUUCGAAGACUGUCGCAACCAGUGGUCUAUGUCGCGACCUCUCCUUGGUCUCAUUCUGCUCAAUGAAGAGUAUUUCAACAAGCUACGAGAGAGCAUCAUCUCUAGUCAGCCGGCAGAGAAACAAGCAACUAUGGUUCAGUGCUUUGAGAAUCUCAUGGACGGCAUCGAGAGGUCCCUCCUCACAAAAAACAGAGACAGGUUCACGCAGAAUUUAUCGGUUUUCCGGCGAGAUGUCAACGACUCAUUGAAAGCUCUGAGCAACAGCCCUUCAUCCUCCUCAACAUCUCUCGACAUGAUGAACUAUGGAUAACAGCGAGCGAAUGUGUGCGUGUGUGUGUGUGUGUGUGGAUGGGAUAUAGACAAACAUGUAUAUACAGACUGUGUGAUCCUAGCGUGGCUGUGCUGUGUGCUUGGAUGAAUAAGGCUUGGUAUAGCUUACAGUACAACUGACAAUAACUGCAGGUUGGACUGGAAUACUGAAUGGAAUUGGUGGUUGAGGCUGCUGGUAUUACCAAUCUGGCUUGCACUGGAGGUGUGAAAGGGUUUUGAUAUCUGUGAAAGUGCUAACUGUCACUAGACAUGUCUGAACUGUUUGUAUUUUAGCUUUGUGACGUGUAUUACUGAUGCAACCAUUUGACAUAUUUUCUGCAAUAUCAAGCUCGUAUAUGAAAACCACUGAAGAUGUUGCUGUCGUGCUAGCUGCUUUAAGAACAACGGCCUAGAUAAGCAGGUGCUUACUGUUGCCCUAAACUAUAUGUGAUGGUAUUAAUGGACAUGGGAAGGUAGACAGGGUGGUUAAAGAGUUGGCUUGUCCAGCAAAAGACCUGAUUUGAUUCCACAGAUGCGUGGCAUGCCCCUCUGAACCUGUAGAAUAAUGAUGAAAAUGGUGUAAAGUUACCCUCUCUUCGAUAGACUAUGUUGAGAUCUCAGCAGUGACUGCAGCAUCUGAUUAACAAGUAUAUUCUUGUAACUCUUCCAAAUGAUCUCCCAUUGCACUUCUAUAUUGUGCUGGCACUUUGUGAAUUAGUGAUCUUCAUUCAGGCUACAGACAGAGUUACAAUAGAUGAUUUACUUCCCACCCGGGGACAAGGUUACUGGGACCAUACCUGUGUUCAGUGGUUUCGCCAACAUGGAAAAUGUCAGACCUCUAUUUGGGCUUUCAUCUCACAUCAAGCUGAGACGCCAUGAUAUGACUCAAACACUGUUCAAGGCGGAGUUAACCCAACUCUGUUUCAUGCUGAGCUUGUGCUGGGUGUCUGCAGCUCACAUGUCAGAGUUGAAACAUGGUUUACCAAUGUCCGGUCCGUUCUUAGCCUGAACCAGCUUCUGUAGAAGAACAGUCAGUCAACUGUUUGUACACAGACUGCCCAAUUUCGCUUGCUUUGUUCGGAUGUUCAAUGAUAAUGUAACUUCCUAGUAUUAAAGGUAGAAUGUUCAGAAACAUCUGUAUGAAAAGAACUGUAUGAAUUGAGGUUCAGUGUCCUAAAGACUUCAUUGAAACCCCAUCUAUGAAUGGGCCCGAUGAUUUUAUUACCUCCCUUUGCUGGCUUUUUAUCAAAUCCGGUGUCUACGCUGGGAAGUUGAGCGAACUAAUCUCAACUCACUUUUGCU